AUGCUAAUGAUUUUGAGCGCCCUGAAGGCAAUGGGGCCAGGCCAUGCGAUCAGUGUCAUAGACUGGGACGGCAGUGUGUCUACAGACAACCACGAUCCUCUUGCCAUAGCGGUCGAAGGCCCCAGGCAGCAUCAUGACUUGACCAUUGAUGGGUUCUGGGGGCUAUCGCAUAGCUAUGACCCGGCCAUUGAGGAGCAGGACAUGCAGCUAUUGCCAAUAGGCACCGCCGACUCGAACCCCCUAGCCAUGGACCAAGCAGCGCAUACGUCGGCCGGCCCUGCGUUUAGCAUCUUGAAUGGGGACUUUUGCUCGUGGGAUGGCUCUAGUAGCCCGAGUUUGUUCUUUGGCGAAAAUUCGAUUGAGUCUGCCUUUGCCCUACCUCUGAAUGAUGGCGGAAAUGUCUUGGAACUCGAUUGCAUGUUGGAAGCUUCAAAUUCGUCAGAAAAGACAAGAUCAAGGCAGCAUGAGUUGGGACAAAAAGUAGGAGGAUUCCCGGGUGCUCUGGAUGGGAUAUUCGAAAAUAGGCCGAAUACGCCAUUUCGACCAUUCCAAUGCUGA